CGUUGUUCGAUGGUGUGUAAUUGAACGAAGGUAAGCGGAUAUAUCUUUAUCAUUGCCAGUGAGCUAGACUACUUCUAACUGUGCGGGGAUUUCGGGUUUUAGAUUUCAACCAAGUUAAUAGGAAGGUGCAACAACCAAAAUGCAACAUCUUGAUUCCAAAGCUCCCCACUAUGACAAUAGUGAAGUUCUCGGGUGUGGAACGUUUGCCAUUGUGUUUGGAGCAGAUCAAGGUAAGGCCGUCAAGAGAAUUGAAAUACAUAGGACGGACAAAGAAUUACUUGUCAGAGAGGAGACUGCAAUGAGAAAAAUGGAUCACCCUAACGUCCUAAAACUGUUUGAUGCCAAAGAAGACGAAAAUUUCAAAUAUCUGGUACUUGAACGAUGUAUGGGGACUGUUCGUGACUAUAUUUGCGGCGAUAAAAAGUUCAGCAAUAAACAGCUCGAUAGUCAAAUGCCACCGGAGGUUGAAGCCUUGAGACAAAUGACAAGAGGACUGGCUUACAUCCACGCUCAAGAUGUUGUCCAUCGAGAUGUUAAGCCAGAAAACGUGCUCAUUUCCGACAAGUUUGUUCUAAAAAUUUCGGAUUUCGGAUGCUGUAAACCCACAGCGCCAGACGGGUCUAUGUCUGCAACCAGCGGCCCAAAAGGAACCAGGGCUUAUUACGCUCCCGAGUACCUGCAACUAGAGAUCGACAACAUUACAGUUGAGGAAAGGAAAAAAAUUAGAGCGGAUAAAUCAAUCGACAUUUUUUCCUUGGGCUGCCUCUUUUUCACUUACAUCGUUAAAAAAGGAAUUUCCGUUCAUCUGUUUGCAACACCAGGGAAGACAUUUAAGUUUAGAGAAUCGUACGAAAGUGACGUCACCAACAAUAUCCUUGACAAUAAAAAGUUUAUCGAAGAGAACGGAAUACCAAGCGGACACUAUGCGUUUGAAAUGAUUGACGGAAUGACUCAGGCUCAUUCUAAAGAUCGUUGGGUUUUGGACGAAAGUGAAUCUGGAACAAAUUCAGUGCUCGACACUUUGAACAAGGAAUUGCAACGUGAAGAGAAGAAAUAAUUGUGGGUGAUCUUGGACUUUUGGAUCAACAGAUUUAAGAAACAUUUAAUUGGUUAAGACGAAACGUUCAGAAACAACAACACAAAGGUACUGAGAAUUCCAGGAAACCAGGGGGGUAAUCAUGAUGUAGCUAUUACUGUGUAGUAAAUAAACUAGUUCGCAAAAAAAGCA